AUGGGAACCUUUCUGUUCAAAUGGGAGCAUCCUGCCUCCGAGGUCUACGUGACCGGCACAUUCGACGAUUGGCAGAAGACAGAGAAGCUUGAAAAAGUCGGCGGGCACUUCGAGAAGGCGGUGACACUUAAAGAUGCAUCAGCUAAGAUAUUUUAUAAGUUUGUCGUCGACGGUAAUUGGGUCACCGACCACACUGCACCGAAAGAAAUUGACGAGAGCGGUAACGAGAACAACAUUCUAACCCCUGAUCGUAUUAUCAAAGAAGCGCCCGCAACCGCCGCCAUCAUGAGCACUGUUACGCCGGACUCUACAACCGCUGCUUUGGCCGCAGAUGUGCCACUGGAGAAGAAGGACGAGGGGUUGCCAGGCACUUUCCCCGAGACCCCCGCUGCAGAACUCAAUGGGGCCGGCGAUUUUGGAGUAAACCCCUUUCCGGCUACUGCAGGCGCCGUUAACCCUAUUAAGCUUGCUCCGGGCGAGAAGAUCCCCCAGGGUCUUGCUGCCAAUGGUACUACCGAUCAAGUUAAGCUAGAUCCCGAGUCGUACGAGAAGAGCGACACCAUUCCAGGUGGCCUGCCCCUUACCCUGAACUCUGCCGCACCGUUGUCUACAACUGCUGUUUUGGCGGGGAGCGUACCUCUCGAGCCAAAGGUUCCUGAGGUAGUAAGAGAGAGCCAGGAGAAAGCACACGUUGAUCCCGAAGCUAGCGGCAUCGCAGAGGAGGUCAGGGAGAAAGCUGAGGUCGAGAGCGAGCUUCUAGACAAGGUGAAGGAAGCCCCUACUACGUCCGAAGGUACUGCCGGCAAAGGCACCGAGAAGACGGAGGACGUCGUCACUCCUGGCGAGGCCGCUGCAUCUGUUUUGGCUGCGGCUACUGCUGUUGGCGCCGCUGCAGUCGCUGGUGCGGUUGCUGCCAAGGACAUCGCUGUCGAGAAGGCUACAGACGCCGCUACAGCAGCCCAAGCCUCUGCCAUCGAAGCAGCCGCGAAUCUGCCCGACUCGGUCAAGGAACAACUUCCAGAGUCUGUUCAGAAUGCCAUUGGAACCACGAAGACGGAGGAGACCCGCGAGGAAGUCUCCCCUGAGGUGCCUUCUGAGGUCAAGGAAUCCAUUAUCGAAGCUGGGAAAGCCCCGGAAGCCGCCGCAAGCACGGAAGCAGUCGAGGACAAAAAGGCCGUUGAAGCUGAGUUGUUAAAGGAGGUCAAAACCAUCGAGGCUGACAAGGAAGAGUCGGUCAAGCCAACAGAGUCGACAGAAGCUGCCGGCAACUCUUCCGAGAUUAGAAUACCACCAGCUUCGGAACCAACUAUUGCCAACGGAGCCAACGGCCACCAGGAAACUGUAAAGCCUGUUGAAAUCAAGCGAGUGCCAACCGACACCGAGACCACCAAACCAACCGCCCCGGCUACCCUAGCUGUCCCCGAAACUACGGCUCAGUCGACCGAGGCGACCAGCCCGACCAGCGACACCAAGCCAACUAACGGCGCUGCAACCGAGAAGAAAAAGAAGAACAGGCUUAGCUCCAUCUUCGGCAAGGUUAAAAGCAAGCUGUCUAGCAAAUAA